AUGGAUUUACCACCAAACUGGGUGACUCGCCAUUCGCGUACUUACAACAAAGAAUACUACUUUAACACGGUGACCAAGGAAUCACGAUGGGAUCCUCCUGCUGCCGACAACGAGCGUGUGAGAGCCAGCCAUUUGCUCGUCAAGCACAAAGACUCCAGAAGACCUUCCUCGUGGCGAGAGGAAAACAUCACGCGUUCCAAAGAAGAAGCGUUAGAGAUCCUUGAAGAAUAUCAAAGAAAGAUUGAAGAUGGUGAAGAGACCUUGUCAGCCUUGGCAACCAACUUUUCGGAUUGUUCGAGCGCCAAGCGUGGUGGUGAUUUGGGCUACUUCGAACGAGGACAAAUGCAGAAACCCUUUGAGGAGGCAGCUUUUGCACUUCAAGUCGGUGAAUUGAGCAAGCCUGUUUGGACCGAUAGUGGCGUACAUCUUAUCCUUAGAACCGCCUAG